CUUGAACUCCCCCCACUCCAGACCACCGCAGAACCACAGCAACAAUGGCCGCACGAAGCGCAGCUCUCAAGGUCGACUGGGCCAAGAUCACGACGUCGCUGGGCCUGCGCGGCCAGACGGUGGCCGGACUUCAGGCCUUCAAGAAGCGCAACGACGACGUCCGCCGCAAGGUGCAGCUCCUCUCGGAACAGCCGACCACGGUCGACUUCGCCUACUACCGCUCCGUGCUCAAGAACCAGGCGAUCGUCGACGAGAUCGAGAAGCGCUUCAACGCCUUCCAGCCCGCCACCUACGAUCUCAACCGCCAGCUCAAGGCCAUCGAGGCCUUCGAGGUCGAGGCCAUCAAGAACGCCGAGGCCACCAAGGCCAAGGUCGACCUCGAGCUCAAGGAUCUCGAGAAGACGCUCAAGAACAUUGAGGAGGCCCGGCCGUUUGAGGACCUUACCGUCGACGAGGUCGCCGCCGCCGAGCCCAGCAUCGACGAGAAGACCUCCAAGCUCGUGUCCAAGGGCCGCUGGUCCGUGCCAGGCUACAAGGAGAGAUUCGGCGACCUCUCCGUGCUAUAAACGAUCCGCUGCCCGAUUCCCCUUUUUCUUUGUGUACUCUAGCAUUGUAGAUAGCCCGAGCGCUGAGGGAGGGCUCCUGGCCGGAGGGGGAGGACAAAUUUCACAUUAUUAAUCGAACCGAUUCCAUUUCCGGCACGUCUGUUCUGUGUGUUGUGCGCCUGUCUAGCUAACCCCAGGCCCUCGCUCUGCUAUGACUGCUUCUGACAACACCCUCGGCCCUCCGACUACCCUCCUGCUCUUCCCCAUGGAUUGAGCUUGAUCUCACCCUGCUUCGGAACUGCUGCCGAGAUU